AUGCCCAUGGCUAAGGAGAAGGGGAGGCGAAGAACCGUGUCAUCUGGCUCAGACUUCGGUCUGCAGGCCCACCUGUCUCCACCCAGAACCAAGACAAUGGGCGGCGAGUGGGAUCUGUGUGAUGGCGAAGGAGACUCCGCGAGUAGCAAGGCGGGCCCUCCCGAAUCGUUCCCCCUCUGCUGCUCCCCCAAGACGUGCCUCCUGGGGGACUCCGUUGACCCCGCGAGUCCGGACGUGGACUCCGUCAAGAUGCAGUGCAGCAACGACAAGUGUCCGUACAGCCAGUGGAUGCACCACGAGUGCUUCGUCGGCUUCGAAGAGCAGAUGCUGAGCUGCCUGCGAGGGAUGAGCCGGGCUCGAAACUGGUCGGAGAAGCAACGAAGACAGAACUUGUGGACAAAGAAAGGCUACGACCUGGUGUACAAACUGUGCACAUGUCGCUGUGCAAAGGGGACGCUAAAGAAAGACAUUAGCAUGUCAGCCGAGACUGCAGAAAAACUGAAGCGGAAACGGAAGCGGUCACUCGGGGAGAAGAUGUCCACCACUAACCAGACGGUACCCAACGGGAUCGUCCGGUCUCGCGCACGGAGUGGAAGAAACAACAGCGACUCUGUCUCGAGCGAAAACGGCACACCUUACAUGCAACCCUUCUCGCACCGAACCGGCUACAAGAUCCUUGAGCGUCUCGUACCCCGCCACCUCGUCAACUCGUACCACAUCAAGAUGGAGGAUGACGGGUACGGCGCUGGCGACGACACUCGCUCAUUCGUUCUCGCCAGUCUUGCCUUCCACCGAACUAGCCAGGUCCUCUGCGUGUUGUGUAGGUCACACCUCUCUGUUUACGACCAGUUCCCUCUCAUCGAUGGCACCUUCUACCUCUCUCCUCUCAAAGCCAACACCUGCUCUUACGAAGUUGAGAGCAAGACCGACGACCCCCUGUUUCUAUCCGCCGUCUGCCUCAAGUGCCUGGUGGGCAUCAAUAAGGUCACCUGUACCUACUGCUCCAAGAGUUGGAACGGCAACGCGCACCAGAUCGGGACAAUGUACAACUAUGAUCUGUUUGCGUCCCUGCCCUGCUGUAAGGCGAGUACGGAGUGCAGCAAGUGCCGGCACCAGCUCCUCGAUCCGGGCUCAGUAACCCUCAGCUUCUCCCAACUCUCCCAUCAGCACCAGUGUCCCCACUGUAACACCACCGAUUACCACUUCAUCAAACCCAUCACCCGCUUCACUGUCAAAGUGCAGCAACAGCAAGAGUGA